AUGCGUUUUUGCAGCACGAGUAUGUUUGGAUGUUUUUUGAAUCUGUCUAUCCUUCUGGUUGCCUGUCCUAUCUCUUACUCAAGGAAGGUUUGGCCUUCCGGCGGAUACACACUCGCGACUCUAGGAAACAACGGUGUGCAUGAGCAUACCUUCCGGAGACGUUGGACUUUGUCGAGCAAUAUUCAAACUGACGUUGAAGCCAAAUUGCGGCUUGAACUUGUCAGACUCGCCGCUCAACUGCCAAACAGUUCAAACCUCCCCCUACAUAAUGCUGCCUUUUUGCAAAAGGAGGCAACACGUAUAAGAGAAUUAAUUGUACCGGAUUCUUACCAGGUAUAUCUCAACAAGUACUAUGCUGUGAAACGAAUCCAACACCGCGGAUUUCUUGGAGAUUUUAUUGCAUUUGUAUUUGGUGUUGAAGAAGUUAUUACAUUUUCUGCUUGGCAGUACAGACCAAAUAUAUUGUACAAGGGAGGCAACCUAACAUUGGAGAUCCACUACAAAAUACCAAUCAGGGAGAAAGGCAUCAAAGAUUUGUUUUUCGAACCCAUCGUAGUGUAUACGUGUGAUGUAACCCCGGGAAAAUACGUAGAAGGUGCUGCCGUUUUCAAACCGGGAUCCGUAGAAAUAUUGACACACCCGUUUAUACCGUGGAAACGAAUAUCUGCUGGAACUGUAGAAAUCAGUGCGCCACGUCAGCCAACGAUAUUUUCGCCACACAUGACUUCAUUCUAA